AUGACUAAUAAUACAAUAUUAUCUUUACCUGUUGAUUACAAUUCAACAUUAACACUAAUAAGUACUGCUACAACAACUACAUCAUUAAAAAUAUGUAGCGUUUCAUUACAAUAUAAAUUUAUUGAACAUAUUGUUUAUCUUUAUUUUAUGUCUCCAUUAUGUCUUAUUGGUCUUAUAUUAAACGUGAUUAAUUUAAUUGUUUUUUCUGAUCGUUCAUUUAAAAAUUUAACAUUCAAAUAUUUACGUCUUGUUGCCUUUGUUGAUUGUAUAACAUGUAUACUCGUUUUUAUUUAUUGUAUUACUAAUUAUACACGACCACACACAUUAAGUGAUAAAUAUUUUCGUAUAUGGUAUUUAGUUAAUGUUUAUUUCCCAUUAGCAAAUAUAACUGCAGGAUGCAAUGUUUUAUUAACAUUAACAGUAACUAUUGAAAGACUUGUUAGUGUACGUUGGCCAAUGGAAAAACAACGUUUAUUUAGUUCAAAUCGUGUAUUAAUUACAUUAAUGAUUUGUUUUUUAUUUCCAAUUCUUGCUAAUUCAGUUAAUUUUCUUGUUUAUAAAGUUGGUGAAUGUAAUAAUCUUGCUUUAACAUCAAUAGCUAGAACGCGCGCAUAUGAAUUUUUUGGUAUGGCUAAAGAAUUUCUUUUACGUUUAAUCCCAAUAUGUAUACUUAUUUUUUCAAAUUGUCUUUUAUUAUCAACUGUACGUACGGCAAAUCUAAAAUUUAAACCACAAAAAAAACCAUUACAAUUAACAACAAAACAAACAACCGUUCUUCUUCAACCAUCAUUAAAUGGUUGUGAUACAAUAUCAAUUACGAAAUAUAUAUCUGAAUCACAAUCUCAAACAGAUAAUCUUUUAUCAACAUCAUCAUUAUCUGGUGAAUUAACAGUACCUAUUCAUGAUUUACAAAGAAAUACUUCAAUACCAAUGUCAGCAUCAAGUCGAAUGCAUACAAGAAAACAACAACAAGAAAGACAAUUAACAAUUAUGCUUAUUUGGUUAUCAACACUUUAUUUAUGUGGACAAAUUCCAAUGUUAUUUGCAUAUCCAGGUUUCAUUUUUAAAGAUACAAGUAAACCAUCAUAUAAAUAUUAUGCACUUGUUGUUAAUGUACUUGAAUUAACAACUUAUUUGGCAAAUUUUUUUAUUUAUGUACGAUUUACAACACAAUUUCAAUUAGUAUUUCGUACAAAAAUUAAAAAAGUCUUUUUUUGUUUUGCAACAAAUUCAUAA